CCUCACUCGCCGCCCCACGGGCCGGCCAUCGACCCGGCCACCCCGUACGCGUCCCUACAGCCUGGACAGGGCAUGGGCAGCAAUGGGCAUCAUCACGGCGGCGCCGGUAUGAUGACCGAUCAUCCACAUCACCCGGGCCACCCGCACCCACACCUACCCGGACACCCUGCUUAUCCACCGGUCAAUCACAACAACAAUUGUACGCUUAAGCAAGAAGGUGGCCCGAGCGGACCAACGGGGAUCCAGCAGUGUGCCGGUUGCGGCGGUCAAAUAGUCGAAAGAUGGCUGUUGCUAGCGAUGGAUCGGUAUUGGCACAACGGCUGCCUGAAAUGCUCGUACUGUGGCGCGGCACUGGCGGAAAUCGGCCACUCGUGCUACACCAGGAGCGGCAUGAUCCUCUGCAAAAGCGACUACAGAAGGAUGUUCGGGAGCAGCGGUGCCUGCGCGGGGUGCGGCAACGCGAUACCUGCCACCGAGCUGGUAAUGAGGGCGGGUGGAUCGGUGUUUCACCAGAAAUGCUUCACCUGCAGCAAAUGCGGCAGUCAACUCGUUUCCGGCGAUAGGUACAAUCUGCUGUCGGGGUCACCGGUCUGCGAGACGGAUUGGCACAAAAUCGUGAAGUCGUCGAGCGUCUCGGCGGCCGCGGCGGCAGCAGCGGCCGGUAACGGCGGUGCACCGGUAAGAAAAGGUAAGCCGACGCCCGCCGUCGUACCUGCCGCACAGGUCGACGUCGUUGACGUCGCAGUCGGAGGGGAUCCCUAUUCGCCGCCUCCGCCGGGUCAUCAGCAGUACCACCAUCAUCACCACCACCAUCACCAUCAUCAUCAGAUGAGCCUCGUACAUCCGGGACUGGCGGUACAGCAAACACACCUGCAGGCGUCCACCUAUCAGGACUGGUCUCCGUGGGCACAGGACACCUGCGAUUGAAGCACCUAAUCGAGGUCGGCCCGGUCUCCUCGCUCGAACGAAUCCUCGUCACC